UUAAGGCAAAAUGGCUUUCAGUAAAGGAUACCGUGUCUAUCACAAGCUGGAUCCACUUCCAUUCAGUGUGAUAGUGGAAACCAGAAACAGAGAAGAAUGUCUCAUGUUUGAAUCCGGAGCUGUGGCUGUCCUCUCUUCUGCAGAAAAAGACACGAUCAAGAAUACCUACUCCAAAGUAAUGGAUGCAUAUGGACUCUUGGGUGUAUUGAGAUUAAAUCUUGGAGACACAUUGUUACAUUAUCUGGUUCUAGUAACAGGAUGCAUGUCAGUGGGAAAGAUUCAAGACUCUGAAGUUUUUCGAGUUACUUCCACUGAAUUUGUAUCAUUACGAAUUGAUUCAACAGAUGAGGAUCGUAUUUCAGAAGUGCGCAAAGUUUUGAACUCGGGAAACUUUUAUUUUGCAUGGUCUGCAACUGGUGUCAGUUUAGAUCUUAGUCUCAAUGCUCACCGCAGCAUGCAGGAGCACACUACUGACAAUAGGUUUUUCUGGAACCAGUCACUGCAUUUACAUCUGAAGCACUAUGGUGUGAACUGUGAUGACUGGUUGCUACGGCUCAUGUGUGGAGGAGUGGAGAUAAGGACAAUUUAUGCGGCUCACAAGCAGGCAAAGGCUUGUCUCAUUUCACGACUAAGCUGUGAACGGGCUGGCACCAGAUUUAAUGUCCGGGGAACAAAUGAUGAUGGUCAUGUUGCUAAUUUUGUUGAAACAGAGCAGGUGAUAUUUUUAGAUGACGCUGUGUCAUCUUUCAUACAGAUUCGAGGAUCUGUUCCAUUAUUUUGGGAACAGCCAGGCCUGCAGGUGGGAUCCCAUCGUGUCAGAAUGUCAAGGGGUUUUGAGGCAAAUGCACCAGCUUUUGACAGGCAUUUCCAAACUCUUAAAAAUUUAUAUGGCAAGCAAAUUAUUGUAAAUUUACUUGGGGCAAAAGAAGGGGAGCACAUGCUCAGCAAAGCUUUUCAGAGCCAUUUGAAAGCAUCUGAACAUUCAGCUGAUAUCAAAAUGGUGAACUUCGACUAUCAUCAAAUGGUUAAAGGUGGAAAGGCAGAAAAACUACACAGUGUGCUUAAACCUCAAGUCCAGAAAUUCUUAGAGUGUGGAUUUUUUUAUUUUGAUGGAAAGGAAGUUAAAAGAUCUCAAAGCGGUACUGUCAGAACAAACUGCUUGGACUGUCUGGAUAGAACAAACAGCGUGCAGGCUUUCUUUGGCUUAGAGAUGCUAACAAAACAACUGGAGGUAUUAGGAUUAGCUGAGAAGCCUCAGUUGGUUACUCGCUUUCAGGAAGUUUUCCGAUCCAUGUGGUCUGUGAAUGGUGAUUCUGUUAGUAAAAUUUAUGCUGGAACUGGAGCCCUUGAAGGAAAAGCUAAGCUGAAGGAUGGUGCUCGUUCUGUGACCAGAACGAUUCAAAAUAACUUUUUUGAUAGCUCCAAGCAGGAGGCCAUUGAUGUUUUGUUAUUGGGAAAUACCCUAAAUAGUGAUUUAGCAGAUAAAGCACGGGCUCUCUUAACCACCAGCAGUUUACGCGUUUCAGAGCAAUCAUUACAAUCAGCAUCUGUAAAAGUGCUAAAGAGUAUGUGUGAAAACUUUUAUAAGUAUGCAAAACCGAAAAAAAUUAGAGUCUGCGUCGGGACGUGGAAUGUCAACGGGGGGAAGCAGUUUCGAAGUAUUGCCUUUAGAAAUCAGACCCUCACUGACUGGCUUCUAGAUGCACCAAAGUUAGCUGGUAUUCAUGAGUUCCAAGAUCGCAAAAGCAAGCCUGUAGACAUAUUUGCCAUUGGAUUUGAAGAAAUGGUGGAGUUAAAUGCAGGAAACAUUGUGAAUGCCAGCACAACCAAUCAGAAGCUCUGGGCUGCUGAACUGCAGAAGACUAUAUCAAGAGAUUACAAGUAUGUGCUGCUGGCUUCUGAGCAGUUGGUGGGCGUCUGCCUUUUCGUGUUCAUCAGGCCCCAGCAUGCUCCUUUUAUCAGGGAUGUUGCUGUUGAUACUGUAAAGACUGGCAUGGGAGGAGCCACUGGUAAUAAAGGUGCAGUAGCAAUUCGGAUGUUGUUUCAUACAUCCAGUCUUUGCUUUGUCUGCAGUCAUUUUGCUGCAGGGCAAUCACAAGUUAAAGAGAGAAAUGAAGACUUCGUAGAAAUAGCUCGCAAGCUUGGCUUUCCAAUGGGAAGGAUGCUCUUUUCCCAUGACUAUAUCUUUUGGUGUGGUGAUUUUAAUUAUCGAAUAGAUAUUCCAAAUGAGGAGGUUAAGGACCUAAUACGACAACAAAAUUGGGAUCCCCUUAUAGCAGGAGACCAACUUAUCAAUCAGAAAAAUUCUGGACAGAUUUUUAGGGGAUUUUUGGAAGGGAAAAUAAAUUUUGCUCCUACAUACAAAUAUGAUCUGUUUUCUGAUGACUAUGACACCAGUGAAAAAUGUCGUACACCGGCAUGGACAGAUCGUAUUCUUUGGAGAAGAAGAAAAUGGCCUUUUGACCGAUCAGCUGAAGACCUGGAUCUUCUGAAUGCUAGUUUUCAUGAUGACAGUAAUGUCCCUUACACAUGGAAUCCUGGUACUUUGUUGCACUACGGAAGAGCAGAGCUGAAAACAUCUGAUCAUAGGCCUGUGGUUGCAUUGAUUGACAUCGACAUAUUUGAAAUUGAAGCAGAAGAGAGACAAAAAGUUUAUAAGGAGGUGAUCGCAAUGCAAGGACCACCUGAUGGUACUGUAAUGGUCUCCAUCAGAAGUUCUUCAGCAGAAGAAAACUAUUUUGAUGAUAACUUGAUUGAUGAUCUCCUUCAAAAAUUUGCAAGCUAUGGUGAAGUUAUACUUAUAAGGUUCGUGGAAGACAAGAUGUGGGUAACAUUUUUAGAAGGAAGCUCUGCUUUGAAUGUUAUGAAUUUGAGUGGUACUGAGCUACUAGGAAGGAUUAUAAACAUAAGCUUGAAAAAUCCAGACUGGAUCAGAAGUUUGGAAGAUGAAAUGAAUCUAGAGAAGAUUAAUAUUGGUCUGCCUUCAUCAACUAGCUCCACUUUGCUUUGUGAAGAUGCUGAGGUUACUGCAGACUAUGAUAUGGAAGGAGACAUUGAUGACUAUAGUGCUGAAGUAGAAGAAAUCCUUCCUCAACAUCUACAGCCAACUUCAAGCUCUGGUCUUGGAACCUCCCCAAGCUCUUCACCGCGUUCCAGUCCCUGUCAAUCCCCUACACUGUCAGAUGGACCUACGCUCCCAGUAAGACCGAGCCGAGCACCAACAAAAACUCCUGGACCACCUGUUUCCACACACAGUGUGUAUUACAUUGCUGGACUGCCUCUCCAGCAGAAAGAGUCUUCUCAGAGCUUGGAGCCUAAGCGUCCUCCACCACCUCGCCCCGUUGCUCCUCCUGCACGCCCCGCUCCACCACAGAGGCCACCUCCACCAUCAGGCGGUAGGAGUCCUGCACCUGCUAGAAAAGAAUUUGGAGGUCUUGGAGCUCCUCCCAGUCCUGGGGUAGCUAGGAGAGAAGUAGAAGCACAAAAAAGUCCUGGAACACAAAGAAAAGAUAACUUAGUUCGUACUCAGCCUCCACCUUCAGCUGGAAUUUCAAGCACAGGAACUGCUGGAUAUGGUACAACCAGACCGACUGUUCCACCUCGAGCUGGAGUUAUUAGUGCACCACAAAGCCAUGUCCGUCCCUCUGGGGGAAGACCAGCGCCUGAAACUCAAACCAAACCAGCUGAACCACCAAGGGGCUCACCAUUGCUUCCUGAACCACUAAAGCCUCAGGCUGCUGGACCUGCUCAGCCAACCACUCAGCCACUGCCUGUGCUAAGGAUGCAGGAGCCUCUGAUACCUGUGGCAUCACAUCCAUCUCAGACAAGUGCCCCACAAAGUCUGGAACCCCCACAACCGCCCCCUCGUAGCCGAUCAUCUCACAGUUUGCCUUCUGAAUCUGCUCCUUCACAGCAGCAAAUUAAAACAAAUGGAAACUAUGGCACUAAACUUGAAACACAAUUAAACAGUGACCCUUUUGAAGAUUUGUCAUUUAAGCUGCUUGUGUCAAAGAUGCAGACGUCUGUUCGAACAUCACCUGUUCCGACUUUAAACCAAAAGGAGUUGAUACAGUUGCCUUCAGCAACACAAAGAAAUGCUGAUAUUUUGAAUACUGUAAAUUGCAUGCCAGCAAUGCCUCCUAUUCCAACCUUUAGCACAUCCCAGGAACAUAUGCGCAGCUCUCCAAAUCCAUUUAUUACUGGACUGAACUGCACAAAUCCAUUCACUGAAAGAACUCCUAAUGCUGGAAACCCAUUUAGAACAGAAACACAAAAGUCUGAAAUAACUUCACAUUCACUAGAAGGACGUGCCGCUUGCAAUCCUUUCCCUUCUCUAAAUCCCCCCAGUUGUAAUACAAGCAAGCCUGUAUUUUCUGUUGAUGCAUCUGAAAACACUUUUUGCUUGCGAAGUAAAUCUCUCAUGGUAAAAAAUGUACAGCCAAAAGGAUGGGUAACGUUUGAUGAUGAGGAGGAGAAUUUCAAUAUAAAGCUAAAGCCAUCUAAAACUGGAUCUCCAGAUUUGCUGGGCACUGAACAAAAUACUUUUCUUGGUUCAGACUUUAACUUUGAUAAUGACUGGAAUAAAAGUUCUACUGAUUGCUUCUAUACAAUGCCAGCAAGAAGACUACCUGCACCUCCUAUACCAUCAAGAAUAACCAGCAACAGAUCCCCCGCAGAUCCUUUCACUUCUUUGGCACCUAAGGUGUCACCAACGCAAGAUUUUACAGAAAGAUAGAUGUUUAAAAAUAUGAGGUUAUAUUUGUUGCUACAUUUAUCCAGUAGAAAAAUUGGGCAUUUGAGAUUAUUCUGUGUGCAAUAAUUGAUUGUAAAAUGCACUGAAACUUAACUCUACUCAUAAACAGCCACUAUUGUUUGUGUAUAAAUUUUGAGUAUGUAUAUAUGGUAGAGCACAAAAAAUUGUCUGAAAUUUAUUAAAAUGCUGAUGUAAUAGUAUUUGAAUAGACAGAGAAAAGAAGGAUGAGCUACUAAUCUCAUUAAAAUAUACAAAUCUUGGAAAUAGUUUUUGCUUAGGGAGCUCUCUCAUUUCUGUUCCCCUUUGUGGAAUUUAAAAAAAAAAGAUGCUCCCUGCUGGUAGCAUCCCCACUCCCUUUUUACUGUUUCGUUAAUUGAUAUUUAUAAGUAUUUACCAAAGAUCUGCCAAAGUUUGAGAUUUGAAUGUUCACAAGUAUUGUUUAGAAGUUGUUUAAUUUAUAACAGAGGCUAUGAUAUUUGUAAGGCUUAUAUUUGAAUUUGAGGCACAACAAAAAUAGUUUAAUUUCAAAAUACAAACAAAACUGUGCAUAUUAAUAUAUUCAAUAGUUGACUUUAAUUUUCUGUGUCGGUACAUUUCAGCUAUUAAAUAUUAUUGUGACAUAUAUUCACUAGCGUUACUUCAGAAUAAUUGUUCCAUAUCAUCCAUUUAUUCGUUACUAUUUUGAAGAUACUUUUUUCCACAAAUUGGAAACAACUGAUACAACAAGUUUUCCCGCAACCUCUGGAAAUAAAUUCUCCUUGGGUUUUGAGAUAUAAAGCAGUCUUUACCAGUUGCAGACAAGAUACUGGAGUUGGCUUGUCCUACUCUCCUGUUUUGCACAUCAGAAGGGUUUUCUUGUCCUAUAGAAAGACCUGAGCGAGGGAAUCAGCAGCCAUGUUACAACAUCAGAGAAGGAGAAAGUCAUCUUAAUGUGAUUGGGCUGUCUGCUCAGCAUCCUCCCCAUCUACUAGACUUACAGCUGUAUUUUCAAAAUCUUGCUUUCAAAGAGAAGAGGAGAACAGUAAUUCUCUGAGCUGAACAAUAUAAUUCGUUCACUUUUGCAGUUAAAACUAAAUGAGUGACUCUUCCUUGCCCAGAGAGAGUGAGCAUCCUCUGUGUGGAGCUGCUUUGAGGCUAGUGAAGGCUAGGUCACAGUUCUACGUAUUAUGCUGUAAAAAUGCAACUCUUUGUGCUUUUAUGAUUUUCUAAAGCUCACCUGAGAUUACAUAAAAUACGACAUUUUGUUAUCUUGAGGCAAUUUAAAAUAAAUUAUUUCCUUAGCUCCAUUUAUAUACGCUAUAAAACCCCGCAGUUCUCCUUACAGUUCGCAGUGUCUUAGGACAUAGCUCGUAUGCGCAGCUGCGUACUUUCAUCCAAAACUGCAUGUGUCACAAUGUUGUCAUCUCUCGGGGGACUGCACAUACAUGCCUACACGCACUGGCUUACUUGCCAACAAACUGUACUGGUUCUGCAAAACCAGGGACUGAAACACAACAUAACAGCAUAUUUAUAGUAGCAAAAUACAUGAUGACAGUACUUUUUUUUAAAUUCUCAAGUGCUAUCAAAACAUUAUUUAUAAAAUAAUCCACUCUUCCUUUAAACAGUAGUGGUUAGCCAUGAGCUGCAGGUGGAUAGAGGAGUGACGAUAGCGAGUUUUAUAUCGUGCUUUUUUCCGUUCGGGUCAUUGAACAGUACUUGUACAUUUUACACAGCAGUGGUACUAUACUCCUUGUGCUUUGGUAUGUGAAUUACCUUGUUUUAAACUGUUGCUAUAAACAUCUGUGUGAUUGGUGUGUUGGUAUAUUCUUACAUUAGCAAAACAAUUUUGGGGGGAAACUUUUUGCUAGUGGGAGUUAAGUGAUAAAUAUGUUCUUUGUUGACUAUUUAAUUACAGUGAUUAAAAACUACUGUCUAAAAUGUACCUGGUAUACAGCACCUCUACACUUUUUGGGAUUAUGGAGAUUGACAGCAAAGCACUGCAAAGAUCACAAGAAAUGCUCCAAAACUAUAGUGUAUAUAUAUAGCUAACCGCUGUAACAUGUAUUAACGAAAAUAAUUACUAGCAGAAGUUCUGAAAAUACUAAGAGUUAAAAUUAGAAACGCUCCACACAUUUUCAUGAAUUCUGUGUUCCCUGUGGUAAAUUGCUCUGUUAAAUGUAACGAUUUUCUUGCUUGUGGCACACACGUAUUUAUGGCUGUAUCCGUUCCAGAGCUGCAGUAUUGAAACUCAGUGGCGUACAACAUUCCGUAUCUGCCCUGUGGAAGGCGGUGGUGUAUUGAUGAA